GAGCUCCACCCUCCCCCAAUCCCCGCCCCGGGCUCUGCUCUGCUACUGGCGCCACGACCUCGGCUAUGCUUCCGGCGACAUCACUGGACAUUGGCGGGAAUGAAUAUAGAUAGAUAGAGGUAACAAAUUGAUCAUUCAGCUGCAAACUUCCAUCUUACUCCAAGCCCAUCUCAAGAAUGGCAGAGCAAUGCAAGAUUUCUGCUGCCAUGGUAGCUGGAUCCGAGGAAAGGUCGUAUGCGCGCUCAUAUGUGCUCAAGGUGGAUGGAUACUCAAGAGCCAAGGCGCUGCUCAAGAACGGCGAGUGCGUGACUUCUGCCCCUUUCAGCGUUGGAGGCCGCGAUUGGGCCCUGGAAUUCUACCCAAACGGCUACCCCCAGAACUGUCCUGAUUUCAUGUCUGUUUAUCUAUUUCACGAACCUGCCGAUGCAGAUGUGAAGGCGAAAUACACGACCAGUGUACUUGACAAGAACGGAGAACCGGUGCCUUCAUACAGCUGCACCUCCGGCUCUGAUCCUGUAACAUUCUCAUGUGAAAUUUUUUACUAUGGUUCCAGUGACUUCAUCAGGAGGGCUGAUCUAGAGCGGUCGGUGCACCUGCGAGAUGACUGUCUCACUAUCAGGUGCGAUGUCACGGUCAUCGAGAACCACGUCGAAGAAGAAGCCAGAGUUCCUCCAAGCGACCUGCACCAGCAUUUUGGUGACCUCCUGGAAAACAAGGAUGCAGCAGACUUAGCCUUUCAAGUUGGGGGAGAAAUACUUUCUGCUCACAGGUGUGUCCUUGCUGCUCGGUCUUCCGUCUUCAAGGCGGAACUCCUCGGCAGCAUCGAGGAGACUUCUGCAGCUAGUCCUAUUGAGAUUCGUGACAUGGAACCUGAUGUAUUCAAUUCCUUGCUCCACUUCAUAUACACUGACUCAGUCCCUCUAGUGCUUGAUGUGGUGCUGGCCGGCCAUCUACUUGUCGCCGCUGACAGAUACAAUAUCGGGAGGCUGAAGCUGAUAUGCGAGGAGAAAUUGUGCAGUAACAUUGAUUCCGACAUGGUGGCAACUAGUUUGGCAUUAGCCGAGCAGCAUGGUUUCCAUGCUCUCAAAAAAGCUUGUUUCCAGUUCCUUGCUUCUCCGUCCAAUUUGGAGGCGAUGAUGGCAAGUGAUGGGUAUGAGCAUCUGAAAUCUAGUUGCCCAUCUGUUUUCAAGGAGCUCAUAGCUGGAAUCCUCCCGGCUGAACUGAAAGCCGCGAAGGAUAUUACCAUGACAAUGUGGAAGUAAUGCCUACAUAUGUAGUAGUAUUAUCUAUUUGUCAUCCAAAUUAUCGUAGUAAUGGCUAUGCUACUUCUUCAUGUAUAUCUGCUAGUGUGUUUCUGUACAAAAUUGUUAGUAUUGAUAAUUCAGUCUAAUUUAUGUUCA